UAGCUUUCGUGUCCCUUUUUAGACGUACGUCAGCUUUGUGAGCUCUCUUCUGAAGUUUUGACCAAUUUGCUCACAAUCUGCGUUUUUUUCUGACGUGGAUAUCAGAUUCAAAGGAGGCUCUCGCUUUAGAUCUGCAUCAAGAAAUAUAAAACAAAAUGCCUGGACCAGCCGCAAGUGCAACUAACGUUGGGGCGUCUAGCCGUUCCCCCAGUAAAACAGUGGCUCCCCGGGCUGCAGGCUCUACAGUCAGGCAAAGAAAAGCUACCAGCAGCGGUACACGCAGCGGAGCCAGGACUACAGGAUCUGCCGGCACCGGCGGCAUGUGGCGCUUCUACACUGAAGACUCACCGGGCCUUAAAGUCGGCCCUGUACCUGUGCUGGUGAUGAGCCUCUUGUUUAUUGCUUCAGUCUUCAUGCUCCACAUCUGGGGGAAGUACACCCGCUCCUAAACUCCAACCUGAAGACAUCUGACAUCUCAGCUUCGUAACUUUUUGGACCUGGACCAAACAACGAAUGAACAAGUUUCCUCCUUCGCCAUCACUACAACUCUCAAAUUGGACUUUUGUGGCCAUUAUAGUUCACGAGCUAAAUCUGGAUCGUGACUAUGGUAACCAGAAUGCAGCUUUUACUCCCGAGGUUAGAGGGAUGAAGCGUUGAGGACGUACCUGAAGACUUCAGUAGUCGGGAGCAGCAUGUUUUCCUGCUCCUGCUGCAUGGAGGACAUUUGUGUUUUCAGGCCCCCAGUAAACAUUUCUCCUCUUAUUUUUCUUUUGUUAACAGCAUUUGUACAAAAUUUGAUUGUGAAGUUGUACAAUAAAAUUAAUAAUAAAA